GUUGUGGCUCUCACGAUGAUGAGACACACAGUGAUGACUCUGACCUGCGAGGGGGAGAUGGGACCCGUCCGAGUAGACAAGGCAAAGGAAUGUUUGCCAACAGCCACCGGGCCUGUCCCCACCAGCCGGCGUGUCCCGCCGUGUCUCGGUGCCCCCGAGCCCAGGACUCCAUUUGCAGGGGACCCGAGUGGCCAGGGGUGGCGGGCAGGGCCAGGGGCCGCAAGGACACAGCGGUGCUCCCGGUGCCCGCCCCCCCGAGCCGAGCGGGGCGGAGCGGCAGGACUACACCUCCCGUGCUGCACCGGCGGCGGGCGGCCCUCCCGGGCUGACGCUGCCGGCGGCUCCCGGCGCCGCCUUUGUCCGCGCGGGGCUGGCGGCGCGGCCCCGGCGCAGAGACCAUCUGUCCUGGCUGUGCUGGUGCGGCUGGUGACGGGACAGGCAUCUCGAGUGGAAUCCGGAGCAUCCCGCCUCCCUCUUCCCGGAUCAAUACCUGCACGGGCCUCCAUCUCCGCGCCGAGAGCAGGGACGCGCUGGGCUCCAGGCUGCUGCGGCAAGAUGUCGGUGACGUUUGAGGACGUGGCGCUCUUCUUCUCCCCCGAGGAGUGGGCAAAGCUGUCGGGCUGUCAGCGGCAGCUCUACCGGGAGGUGAUGCUGGAGAACUAUGAGAUGGUCGCCUCGCUGGGCUGGGCCAACGUUAAGCCAGAGAUCAUCUGCAAGAUAGAGCGAGGAGAGACACCGUGCGUGCCAGAACCCCCUCGGGAUCGGCAGAGGCACGAGACACCUGUGCCAGCAGCUGUUGGCCCCGGGAGACAGAGGGAGGUCAAGGGAGUCAGGAGUUUUGUCCAGAGGCAGCACCUGCUGAGUCACCAGCACAUUGACACUGGGGUGAAGCCCUUCACCUGCACCGACUGUGGCAAGAGCUUCAACGCCAAGAGCUAUCUCACCAUACACCAGCGCAUCCACAGUGGGGAGAAGCCCUUUACCUGCACUGAGUGCGGUAAGAGCUUUAGCCACAAGAACAGCCUCCUGAUUCACCAGCGCAUCCACACUGGGGAGAAGCCCUUCACCUGCACCGACUGUGGCAAGAGCUUCAGGGAGAAGAACAAACUCGUCAUCCACCAGCGCAUCCACACUGGGGAGAAGCCCUUCACCUGCACUGAGUGCGGUAAGAGCUUUAGCCACAAGAACAGCCUCCUGAUUCACCAGCACAUCCACACUGUGGAGAAGCCCUUCACCUGCACUGAGUGCGGUAAGACCUUUAGCCACAAGAACAGCCUCUCGAUUCACCAGCAGAUUCACACUGGGGAGAAGCCCUUUACCUGCACUGAGUGCGGCAAGAGCUUCACAGUAAAGCAGGCCCUCAUCACCCACCAGCGCAUCCACACCGGGGAGAAGCCCUUCACCUGCACUGACUGUGGCAAGAGCUUCAGGGAGAAGAGCAAACUCAUCAUCCACCAGCGCAUCCAUACUGGGGAGAAGCCCUUCCCCUGCACUGAGUGCGGUAAGAGCUUUAGCCACAAGAACAGCCUCCUGAUUCACCAGCACAUCCACACUGGGGAGAAGCCCUUCACCUGCACUGAGUGCGGCAAGAGCUUCACACUAAAGCAGGCCCUCAUCACCCACCAGCGCGUCCACACCGGGGAGAAGCCCUUCACCUGCACUGACUGUGGCAAGAGCUUCAGGGAGAAGAACAAAUUCAUCAUCCACCAGCGCAUCCACACUGGGGAGAAGCCCUUAACCUGCACUGAGUGCAGUAAGAGCUUUAGCCACAAGAACAGCCUCCUGAUUCACCAGCACAUUCACACUGGAGAGAAGCCCUUCACCUGCACCGAGUGCGGCAAGAGCUUCACAGUAAAGCAGGCCCUCAUCACCCACCAGCGCAUCCACACCGGGGAGAAGCCCUUCACCUGCACUGACUGUGGCAAGAGCUUCAGGGAGAAGAAGACCCUCAUCACCCACCAGCGCAUCCACACCGGGGAGAAGCCCUUCACCUGCACUGACUGUGGCAAGAGCUUCAGGGAGAAGAAGGCCCUCAUCACCCACCAGCAUAUUCACACUGGGGAGAAGCCCUUCACCUGCAACAACUGUGGCAAGAGCUUCAGCAUCAAGAGGUAUCUCAUCACCCACCAGCGCAUCCACACUGGGGAGAAGCCCUUCACCUGCAAUGACUGUGGCAAGAGCUUCAGGGAGAAGAACAAACUCAUCAUCCACCAGCGCAUCCACACUGGGGAGAAGCCGUUCACUUGCACUGAGUGCGGUAAGAGCUUUAGCCACAAGAACAGCCUCCUGAUUCACCAGCACAUUCACACUGGGGAGAAGCCCUUCACCUGCACUGAGUGCGGCAAGAGUUUAACAGGAAAGCAGGCCCUCAUCACCCACCAGCGCAUCCACACUGGGGAGAAGCCCUUCACCUGCACUGAGUGCGGUAAGAGCUUUAGCCACAAGAACAACCUCCUGAUUCACCAGCACAUUCACACUGGGGAGAAGCCCUUCACCUGCACUGAGUGCGGCAAGAGUUUAACAGGAAAGCAGGCCCUCAUCACCCACCAGCGCAUCCACACUGGGGAGAAGCCCUUCACCUGCACGCAGUGCGGUAAGAGCUUCAGGCAGAAGAGCAGCCUGCUUGGGCACCAGAACAUCCACACCGGGGUGAAGCCCUUCACCUGCACGGAAUGCGGUAAGAGCUUUGGCCAUAAAAGAAGCCUGCUUGGGCACCAGAGCAUCCACACUGGGGAGAAGCCCUUCACGUGCACUGACUGUGGCAAGAGCUACACUGAGAAGAAGACCCUCAUCAUCCACCAGCGCAUCCAUACCGGGGAGAAGCCCUUCACCUGCACUGACUGUGGCAAGAGCUACACUGAGAAGAAGACCCUCAUCAUCCACCAGCGCAUCCACACUGGGGAGAAGCCCUUCACCUGCAACAACUGUGACCAGAGCUUCAGGGAGAAGAAGAAACUCAUAAUCCACCAGCGGAUCCACACUGGGGAGAAGCCCUUCACUUGCACUGACUGUGGCCAGAGCUUCAGGGAGAAGAGGAAACUCAUCGCCCACCAGCACAUCCACACCGGGGAGAAGCCCUUCACCUGCACUGAGUGCGGUAAGAGCUUUAGCUACAAGAACAGCCUCCUGAUUCACCAGCACAUUCACACUGGGGAGAAGCCCUUCACCUGCACCGAGUGCGGCAAGAGCUUCACACUAAAGCAUGCCCUCAUCACCCACCAGCGCAUCCACACCGGGGAGAAGCCCUUCACCUGCACCGACUGUGGCAAGAGCUUCAGGGAGAAGAACAAACUCAUCAUCCACCAGCGCAUCCACACUGGGGAGAAGCCCUUCACCUGCAAUGAGUGCAGUAAGAGCUUUAGCCACAAGAACAGCCUCCUGAUUCACCAGCACAUUCACACUGGGGAGAAGCCCUUCACCUGCACCGAGUGCGGCAAGAGCUUCACAGUAAAGCAGGCCCUCAUCACCCACCAGCGCAUCCACACCGGGGAGAAGCCCUUCACCUGCACUGACUGUGGCAAGAGCUUCAGGGAGAAGAAGGCCCUCAUCAUCCACCAGCGCAUUCACACUAGGGAGAAGCCCUUCACUUGCACCGAGUGCGGCAAGAGCUUCACAGGAAAGCAGUCUCUCAUCACCCACCAGCGUAUCCAUACCGGGGAGAAGCCCUUCACGUGCACUGACUGUGGCAAGAGCUACACUGAGAAGAAGACCCUCAUCAUCCACCAGCGCAUCCACACUGGGGAGAAGGCCUUCACCUGAAACAACUGUGACCAGAGCUUCAGGGAGAAGAAGAAACUCAUAUUCCACCAGCGCAUCCACACUUGGGAGAAGCCCUUCACCUGCACUGACUGUGGCAAGAGCUUCAGGGAGAAGAGGAAACUCAUCGUCCACCAGCACAUCCACACCGGGGAGAAGCCCUUCACCUGCAACGACUGUGGCAAGAGCUUCCAGGAGAAGAAGACCCUCAUCAUCCACCAGCGCUUCCACACUAGGGAGAAGCUCUUCACCUGCAAUGACUGUGGCCAGAGCUUCAGGGAGAAGAAGACUCUCAGGCAGCACCUGCUGAGUCACCAGCACGUUCACACUGGGGAGAAGCCCUUCACCUGCACCGACUGUGGCAAGAGCUUCAACGCCAAGAGGUAUCUCACCAUACACCAGCGCAUCCACACCGGGGAGAAGCCCUUCAGCUGCACUGACUGUGGCCAGAGCUUCAGGGAGAAGAAGACCCUCAUCAACCACCAGCGCAUCCACACCGGGGAGAAACCCUUCACCUGCACCGAGUGCGGUAAAAGCUUCAGCCGGAAGAGAAGCCUGCUUAUACAUCAUAGCAUCCACACCGGGGAGAAGCCCUUCACCUGCACCGAGUGUGGUAAGAGCUUCACACGGAGGGACUCCCUUCUUAGUCACCAGCGCAUCCACACUGGGGAGAAGCCCUUCACCUGCACCGAGUGCGGUAAGAGCUUCAGCCAGAAGAACAACCUCCUGAUUCACCAGCACAUUCACACUGGGGAGAAGCCCUUCACCUGCACUGAGUGCGGCAAGAGCUUAACAGGAAAGCGUUCCCUCAUCACCCACCAGCGCAUCCACACUGGGGAGAAGCCCUUCACCUGCACGCAGUGCGGUAAGAGCUUCAGGCAGAAGAUAAGCCUGCUUGGGCACCAGAACAUCCACACUGGGGUGAAGCCCUUCACCUGCACGGAAUGCGGUAAGAGCUUUGUCCAUAAAAGAAGCCUGCUUGGGCACCAGAGCAUCCACACUGGGGAGAAGCCCUUCACCUGCACUGAGUGCGGUAAGAGCUUUAGCCACAAGAACAGCCUUCUGAUUCACCAGCACAUUCACACUGGGGAGAAGCCCUUCACCUGCAAGUGCGAGUGCGGCAAGAGCUUCCAGGAGAAGAAGACCCUCAUCAUCCACCAGCGUAAUCACACCAGGGAGGAACCCUACAAGUGUUGCAAGUGCGGUAAGACCUUCAAGCAGAAGUGGCACCCCAUGAGACACCAGUGUGUGCCGAAGGACCCAGAUAUUGUGCUGGAGGGUGUCCAGCAGAAGAGGGAGGGUCCUUCCCCAGCAGGGGGGCAGGCAGAGGCCAAGCCCUUCCAGUGCGGUGUCUGCGAGAAGCGGUUUUGGAAGGAGAGGCUCAUGCUGGCUCACCAGCGCACCCACGGCACCCCCAGCCUGCAGCCGCCUCCGCAGCCCGGCACCCCCUGAAUCUGCUGCUGAGGGGCCUGUGGGGUCUGGGGGCUGCUGUGGGGGUGGCUGUGGGGAGAUGUCCUGGUUUUGUUUGGGACAGAGUCAAUGUUUUUCUGAGUAGCUGGUUUAGUGCCUUGUUUUGGAAUGAAAAUGAGAACAAUGUUUCUAAUACACGAAUGUUUUGUUUGAUGCUGAGCAGCCAAUGACUUUUCAUCUUCUGGUGCCCUGCCAGCUGGGAGGGGGCACAGCCGGGACAACUGCCCCAAAGUGGCCAAAGGGCUGUUCCUUACCAUCUGAUGUCAUGGUCAGUACAGAAACUGGGGGCAGUGGGCCUGGGGCACCACAGCUCAGGGACGCGCUGGGCAUCAGUCCACGUGUGGUGAGCAAUUGUGUUGUGUAUCACUUGUUUUGUAUAUUCUUACAUCAUUUGCAUUCUCAUUGUGGGAAACUGCAGCGGGUCUGUGGAAUCCUUGCAGAAAAUAUGAGAGUAGAGAUCAGCCUUGAGAUAUUAAGAUUUACCCUUGAGAAGGAUGGGAGUAAAAGAGUAUCCGGAGAGAGGAGAGAUGUACCCGUGAGAGAGAAGGGAAUAGAAGAAUAACAUGGAUGGUAGAAAAAUUAGCCAAUGAGAUGUUAGUGCUGUAACUUGUAACCAAUAGUGAAAAGACACAUGAACUGGUAGAAUUGUAUAAAAAUGCACUUGUAGCAAUAAAUGGCAUCUAUUACUUUCAUCUUGAAA